AUGCAGCGCCUGGCGGCCGUUGGCACCGAGCGCCAGGCGCUGCGUGCACUUCAGCAGGGCUGCGGCGCGGCGGUGCGCCAAGCCUUGCAGAAGAGCCAGGAACGUCAGCGUCGUCGUCAUGCUUUGGAAUACUCUGCAGUUGAGGUUGAAGUGGCCAGCAAGCCAAGGCCAAAAAGCGAGGCAAAUCAGACCUCUUCAAAGGCACCAAUGCCCAGCGAGUACUUCUGUCCGAUCUCGCAAGAGGUCAUGGUUGACCCCGUGACGACCAGCGAUGGGCACACCUAUGACCGGAAGCCGAUCGAGGAAUGGCUUCGUAACAACGACACGUCGCCGAACACAGGCUUGGUUUUGCCGAACAAGACGUUGAUUCCCAAUCAUAACCUCCGCAAGCUCAUCCAGGAGGCCUCGACUGCGAAAGAAGACUCGAUCGAGAUGGAGCUGGACAACAUGAUCUGCGCCAUGGAGGUGGAAGGUCCAUUGCCACAAGGAGAAGGGCAAGAGGAGGAGGAUCAGCUUGACGACGCUGAAGGCGAGCCUCUAGACGGUGUGCGGGGCUUUGAGAAGCUUGCUGCGAAGAUGGGUGAUGUCAUCUCCAAUGCUACGACAUCUCCUGGCACCUCUCAGUCGCCUGGGAGCAGCUCUGUGGCGGAGACUGCGGAGCCGCAGAGCCACGAAGAGCAGCGCAAGCUGCGUCGACUUUCGUCAUGGCUGCGCAAGCGCCUGUGGAAGGGUCGACCGUAG